AUUCACAAUAUGUCUUUGGCUUUUUCGUCUGUUUGCUUUAUUCUAUCUCUUCUUCUGAUGUUAGUUCAGGCAAAGGGGAGAAAUGAUUCAACUUGUCCAAAGUCCUUUUCAUGUGGCAAUCUUACUGACCUGAGCUUUCCUUUCUCUCUUUCCACACAACCCGACUGCGGAAUAGUUCCCAUCUCUGGUUGUGAUGCUAAACCAUUUCCAACAAUCCAACUGCUUCCUGAAGGAGAAUGGUACUAUGCUAGAGGCAAGGAGUAUAGUUAUAUUAUUUUGCUCGUGGACCCGAAGCUUCAAACUAUAUUGAGGAAAAACAAGUGCCAGGCUUUUAACGAAAAUAUCUCCCUUUCAGACUCUCCUUCUAUUUCUUACACUGCAGUUAACCUUCAGAACUUCUACAAAUGCAACAGGACUAGUAGUAACAACCCAUACAUUAAUCAGACGAUAAAAGAUCAUUUUGAUGGUUAUGAAUCAUACGAUGGCUGUGAUGGAUUCACCAUAUACUACAAGUUUUAUGGAGUUGAUGAUGAAGACAUUCUAGCAGGCAAUCAUACUGCCAACUGUUCACUUAUCAGAUUGCCAUAUUUCCAAACAGAACCUGGUAAUAAUUUGGUCAACUUCUUAUGUCCUGAAAUUCUAGUAGAAUGGAAAUUGUCUGAUGACUGUAACGAAUGUCACUAUGAUGGAGGUCGAUGCCAGACUGAUAAGAAGAACAAUUUUCUUUGUUACAAAGCAAAUAGAAGAGAGUUGGGACUGAUUCUUGGAACAGUUUUUGGUGGAGUAUUGGUGAUGAUAACUUGUUUAGCUGUCUACUUUAUCUGGUGUUACAAGAAGAGGAAAUUUAAUCCACCCCACUUCCUCUCAACAAGGAAAUUGUCAUAUAUAUUUAAAAAUGAUGUUGAGGGAAGCAGUAUAUACUUUGGCAUACCAGUCUUCUCUUAUUCAGAACUUGAAGAAGCCACGAAUGAUUUCAAAUCCUCUCGAGUCCUUGGAGAUGGAGGUUUCGGAACUGUUUACUAUGGACAACUUAAGGAUGGACGAGAGGUUGCUGUGAAGCGCCUUUACGAGCACAACUCCAAACGAAUGCAGCAGUUUGUAAAUGAAAUUGAGAUCCUUACUAGGCUAAGGCACACCAAUCUUGUCACCCUUUAUGGCUGCACUUCAAGGCGAAGCCAUGAACUAAUCCUUGUCUAUGAAUACAUUCCUAAUGGAACUCUUGCUGAUCACCUCCAUGGUGACAGAGCGAAGAACAGAUCACUCACCUGGCCAGUCCGCUUGAACAUUGCCAUAGAAUCUGCUGGUGCAUUGGCUUACCUUCAUGCUUCUGACAUAAUACACUGUGAUGUCAAGACUAAUAACAUACUCCUUGAUCAGAGUUUCAGUGUCAAAGUUGCAGAUUUCGGGAUAUCACGUCUCUUCCCAAAUGACGUCUCUCAUAUCUCAACUGCACCCCGGGGAACCCCUGGCUAUAUCGAUCCAAAGUAUCAUGAAUGUUACCAGCUGACCAUAAAAAGUGAUGUUUAUAGCUUCGGGGUGGUCCUUGUUGAACUCAUUUCAUCAAUGCCAGCUGUGGAUAUGAUGAGGCAUAGUCAAGAGAUUAAUUUAGCUAGCUUUGCUAUAAACAAGAUUGUGAAAUGUGCAUUCAACGAGUUGAUCGAUCCAUCCCUGGGAUUCGAUUCAGAUACCAAGAUUUGGGAAAUGACUAGAUCAGUUGCAGAGUUGGCAUUUCUAUGCUUACAGACAGAUAGGGACAUGAGGCCUACUAUGACUGAAGUUUUGGAUACUCUAAAAGAGAUUCAGACAGGUGAAUUUGACAAUGAGAAGAGAGCUAAGUUAUUGCUGAAUCAAGUUAAAUCACAACCUUCACCAAAUUCUGUGACUGAUAAAUGGACUACUUGCUCUAGUACUAUAGCUAAUACAAAGUAGUAGCAGUGUUGUUGCUACUGUGAGAAGUGUC